AUCGUGGAGCAGCAAGAGGACCGCCUGGACGACGCUCUGCUGCACCGCCGCGCACAGAGUCCGCGCACCGCCCAACCCAUCGCCUCGAACCACCCACCUGGCCCCAACGACGCCGCUGCCGGGCCCGACGUGACCAGGCAGGCGCCCGCAGGCACUGGCCGAAUGCGCUCUAGCAUUGCCUGUAUCCGUUGCCGACGGUCCAAGGUCAAAUGCGUGAACAAUGGAGUGGGCACGACGUGUCGCUCAUGCGAGAAUUCGGGGCGCGACUGUCAGUACCCUUCGCCGGUGACGGGUGGAGGUCGGCGGCGGGAUAGCAUAUCAGGGCGGGCCGACGUGUAUGGAGAUGCCGAGCGGCGGCAGAGGCCGCGCAAGUCGACGACGGCGACGUACAACUCGGGCCUCGCGACGGGUCCCACGGACUCUCCGCGUCCAUUGCUCGAUGCUCUCGACCCGAGACUUCUCACGCCGGCAGUGUGGCAGGAGCUGUUUGACAUCUUUGAAGUGCACUACUCUGCCGAUCUGCCUUUCUUGCAUCCCCCGACAUUCCUCAAGCCCUUACGCGCUGCGAUCGUCGACCCUUCACCAAGCCAUGGAUCGCCUACGGACUCUCCAGGCGCUGCUGCUCGUCCACCGGCCUCGACCGAGUUCUUGCUGGCUUUCUUGGCCUUGACAGCGCGCUUCCAUCCUCGGCUGGUGGCCCAUCAUUCGCCUCCCACGUCUUCGCGACCGAGCAACCCUCUCAUUGCAUCCGAGUACUACGCCGCAGCGGCGAAUGAGAAGCUUGCGAGCAUGUGGUCGGACAACCGUUACCAUGAUAUUGAGCAUUGUCAGGCCGCGCUCAUGCUUGGUCUCCACGAAUGGGGCAUGUGCAGAGGUGCCAAGGCCUGGCUGACCGUCGGAAUGGCGAUUCGUGCCGCCCAAUCCAUGGGCCUACAGUACGAAAUGGACCUCGACGACGAGCCUCUAUCUCGCUCCCUCGCCCUUUCAGGGGAGGCGGCACGAUUGGGUAUGGACCCAAACCGGAAAAGCUCCGUGUCUUCGGACAAGGCAACAGAGGAUGCCUUCGUACACCAGGAGAUCCGACGGCGGACCUUCUGGAGCUGUUACAUCAUGGAUCGAUAUCUGAGUAGCGGCAAGUACCGACCCCAAAUGCUUCAUGCACGUGAGUUGAGAAUACAGCUGCCCGCCAGCGAGCGUUCGUUCCUGUUCGCCGAAAAGGUGCGUACUCUCAUGCUCGGCGAAGAGGACCGAAGUAUGUCCGGUCCAGGUCGAGCAGAGGUCCAGAAUCAGCGGCAGCAGUCAGUCAUGCUUGGUACCACAGGCACGCCGGAACCAAACAUGGCGCCAUCACCACGCAGCUCAUUCCGUGACGACGACGAUAAGGGGAGACUGGAAGUUGGCUCUGACGAAGGGCUGAUCAGUCGCUAUGUCAAGAUUUUGGAAAUCUAUGGCAAGGUAGUCAAAUGGUCGUGUGCUGGCGGGCGAAGAAUCGAAGAGCACCCACCAUGGGACCAUCGAUGCGAGUUUUACAAACUACGACGCAUGUGCCAGGAAUUCAAGGCUAGUCUUCCUCGCCAACAGACACUUACACCACAGAACACGCAAGCACAUAUCAGCUUGAAGACAUCCACGCCGUAUACUCUGGUACAUGCAGUCUAUCUACUUUGCCAGAUUAUGCUGCAUCGCGAGUAUGUUCCGUUCAUCCCGCUUCGCUGCUCAAAGCCAGAAGGGCCCCUUGAUGCACCAUUGUUUCCUGCAGAUAAGUUUAAUGUGCCGGCUGGUUUCUGGGACGAGAGCGCGCGCGAGUGCUUCAGGUCGGCUCGAGAGAUCAUGGAUCUUGUCCGAACGUGCCAGGAAUGGCGAGCGCUUGUGGAAACACCGAUCGUGGGCUUUGCGAUCUACACAGUCGCAUUUGUUGGCGUCUACUGUAUUAACUUUCCGUGGAUGGAUCCGGAUGGCUACAUGUGCACGCGACCAGAGCCAGGAAAGUCCGAUUCGAAACCUGGCGAGAGCAAGGGCUUCGAGGCCGCUCGGAAAGCUCUGGAAAUGAUCGGCAACAUGCGAUCCAAGCUGCACAUGGCUGAUGGUUGGUUUAAGACGAUCAAUCGAAUGCACAGAUACUUCCGUCGGAUCAAGAGUGACUAUAGGAAGAACGUUCACAAUCUUGAGAGCUCGUCAGAGAGCGACAGCCCGGUCAGUACCAGACAUUUGAGCCUACGCGAAGGUGGUUCAGGCGGAGGACUGGACGAAUACAAGCUUCUGGAACGGACGUUGAAAGAGUUCGGAGUUCUUGAGGAUCAAGAUAUCGACAUGACAGAUGUGCAGCAACCUGAUUCAAGGCCACUUGACGCCGUAUACGACGAUAGCAACUCCGGGACCGUCAAAAGUGAGGACGGCGAUCAGCCGGUUGCUGCGACUGAGCCACCGAAGGCGGAAGCCGGCGCUUGGAGCGCUAUCAACACUGCACCGGGUGCGCCUGCAAGUCGACAACCGAGCAUUUCGACUCCCAGUAGUGGACAAUUCCGAAGCUAUGAUGCCUACGCGCAGCAACAACAGCAGCAGCAGGAACCCCAGCAGCACGGGCGUCAGUACCCGCAAAAUGGGCAUCUCCCAUCGCCCUCGUCAGGGCCAUCAUCAGUUCAGCCGGCGCAGCACCAGCAGCCACCUCACAAUGGCUAUCAGCCGCCACAGCUGAGUAACUUUCGUCCUUCGUACUCCGAAGGACCCAGUCCAGCUCCUGGUCCACCGAGUCUGACCUCUCCCGCGUCACAAUCAGCUGCUGGCACACCUUCGCAAGCUCACCCAUCUCCAUCGUUUGAGCGCCACCACUCGCAGCCAGGCUAUAGCAGCUGGACGUCGCAAAAUGCGCCAUAUCAGAUGCAGCCACCACCUCCAAAUCCCUAUGUCAAUGGGGCCACACACUAUCCUCAACACCAGCAUGGACCGGCCCCUCAGCAUGGAGGUUAUCCCACCUCUGUACAUGGUGCGCUCAAUCCGCAGUCGUCACAACCACAUCGACUUCCGGAUCCGCAUCAAGCACAAUCGUCGCAACGUCAGCAGGUGUGGGAUCCCAGCAUAAAAGAGACGUGGCUGAGCAGUAUCGAUACCCGGAUGGGUGGUGAUGAUAUUGCUGCCUUUGUUGAUGGCGGCGAGGUCGCAGAAUGGGCAAACAUGGCUGCGUCUCAAGGUUUUGCGAAUGGCUGGCUUACAGCAGUAUGGCAAGGUGGCCAUGCAUGAGAACACAUCGGGGGACGAUGUGUUCACAGUUGUUUGCCGCCUUAUUAUUACGAUUAAUCUGAGAAUAUUUGAAGCACUCACGAGAGUCAGAUGGAGAACACCAAACAGGCAGUAACGGAAGGAGGCAUAUUUCUACACGGUAGCUUUGUACUGCUCCCAGACGCGCAAACGACAUGUCCAGGGUGAGGCUCGGAUGUUUUUGGAUGCUUCUACCUACAGCUAGGUGGGUAUCUCCCAUGUCUUCUGGCCAGGCUUGGACUAUAAGAAGUACACCCGCUUUGUUGGCAGAUUCGCUCUUUUGGAUGUCGGAGGACUCCCACCCAAAACGCGACCAAUUCUAGCAUUAUUCGGAAACUGUUCGCAAUGUAGAUGUUCAAAGCGAGCGAGCGUACGUACGUAUGAUUAAGAAACGAUAUAUCACGAGCUUAAUAGGCGCAACAAUACCUAUCUAUCUAUACCUGUACCUUUGAGCACGGACAGCU